AUGAGCACUUCGCAACAGCAUGGGGCAAACCCCUACCAGGUCCCCUUCACCCUCACAGACCCCGACUUGCUUCACUUCGACUCCUACGUCCACGGUCGCUUUGUGUCCGCUGGGGAAGGGAAAACCUUCGAUGUUCUUGACCCAGGCACCGGGAAGCCCUGGGCAGUAUGCCCAGACUGCACCUCAUCCGAUGUCGAGCCCGCCAUCACCUCGUGCUACGAGACCUUCCAGACAUACUCGAAAACCACCCCUCGGCAACGGGCGAAGCUCCUGAUGAAAUGGCACGACAUCCUCCUCGCCGCAAGAGAAGACCUCGCCCGCAUCCUAGUCCACGAGACCGGCAAGCCCCUGGCAGAAGCGUACGGCGAAAUCGACUACGCCCUCACAUUCGUCUGGUGGUUCUCGGGCGAGGCCGACCGCGCCCACGGCACCAGCAUGUCGUGCGCGAUACCCGGCCGCAGAGCCCUCACAAUCAAACAGCCGGUUGGAGUAGCUGCCGCCCUGGUGCCCUGGAACUUCCCCAUUGCUCUCGCGCUGCGGAAAGCCGCGGCGGCUCUGGCUGCCGGGUGCACCAUGGUCGUCAAGACGUCCCCCGAGACGCCUCUGUCGGCCGUUGCCAUUGCCCACCUUGCGAACAGGGCUGGAUUCCCCGCCGGCGCCCUCAAUGUGCUAACCACAAGCUUGGAAAACACCCCAGCUGUGGCUGAGGCUCUUUGCCUGGACGCACGGGUGAAGAAGGUUAGCUUCACGGGGAGUACCAGGGUCGGGAAGUUGAUCGCGGGCCUGUGUGCCCAGAAUCUGAAGAAGACGACGUUCGAGCUCGGCGGGAACUGCCCGUUCGUCGUUUUCGACGACGCGGACCAGGAGCAAGCCAUGGACCAGCUUACAAGUCUGAAAUGGCGCCAUGCAGGACAGGCAUGUGUUACCUCGAACCGUGUGUACGUGCAGAGUGGGAUUUAUGAUGCCUUCGUUGAGACUCUAGUGAAGAGAUCACAAGAGCUUAAGCUUGGCCAUGGCAUGCAAGAUGGCACGACCAUUGGGCCUGUCACUACGCCAAGAGGCCUGGACAAGGCCGAGUCGCUCUAUCAAGACGCUCUUGCAAAAGGCGCCACGGCCGUUCUCGGGAAUGGAAAGCGAGAAGCCCGCGAGGGUUACUUCAUGGCGCCCACGGUUCUGACCGGGAUGAAGGAUGAAAUGCUCAUGACACACGAGGAAAUUUUCGCUCCCAUCUUGGGUGUGUACAAAUUUGAGUCUGAAGACGAGGUUGUUCGCCGAGCAAACGAUACGCCGCUUGGAUUGGCCAGCUAUGUCUUCACAAAGAACGUUGACCGGCUUCUACGAAUGUUUGAGACGCUGGAUGCUGGAAUGAUUGGAUUGAAUGUUGGAAACAGCUCUUCCGCCGAGGCUCCCUUUGGUGGCAUCAAGGAUAGUGGUCAUGGAAAGGAGAGUGGCAAAGACGUGGCGAUUGACGAGUUUCUGAUCACAAAAACCGGAACGUUGUCAAUCCAAUCGCAUUAUUAA